ACCCGCAUUCGUGACACUAUCCAAAUUUUAUAACGAAAAAGCGAAGGCGAAAUUUAACAAGCUGCCAUUUCGUUUUUAAAUCCAGGAAGCAACCAGAGAUAGGCGUAGAUCAUCUAGACUAUACAUUAUCGCUCCCAUAAUCUACAUCAGAAUCUCGUGCUAUAUACGCAGCAGUAACAGUCGAAACCCUAGCAGAAUGUUCAACCGGAUUUUCGGAAGACCCAAACAGGAGCCGACGCCCCUCUCAACUCUCGACAAGCUCAAUGAGACCCUUGAGAUGCUGGAAAAGAAAGAAGGAGUGUUGCAAAAGAGAAUUGCAGCAGAGAUUGAGAAAGCCAAGGAGUUUACACGGGCAAAGAACAAAAGAGCGGCUAUACAAUGUUUGAAGAGAAAGAGACUUUAUGAGGUGCAAGUUGAGCAAUUGGGAAAUUUUCAAUUACGUAUUCAUGAUCAGAUGAUUAUGCUGGAAGGUGCAAAAGCUACAACAGAGACUGUGGAUGCACUGAGAACUUCAGCUGCUGCCAUGAAAGCAAUGCAGAAAGCAACGAACAUUGAUGAUGUGGACAAGACCAUGGAUGAGAUCAAUGAACAGACAGAGAACAUGAAACAGAUUCAGGAAGCAUUAUCUACACCAAUUGGUGCUGCUGCGGAUUUUGAUGAGGAUGAACUUGAGGCUGAAUUGGAGGAACUGGAGGGAGCAGAGCUCGAAGAGCAACUUAUGCAACCAGCCACAAUUGCCCCAACUACAAAAUUGCCUCCAAUUCCAGGAAAACAACCCACACAACCUGCAUCUCAGAAAGCUACUCCAAGUUCUGCUGAAGAAGAUGAACUUGCUGCUCUGCAGGCAGAGAUGGCACUAUAGUGAGGUUUCAAUUAUUUUGCCGAUUUUUUCAGCAAAAAUUGAAGUUUUUUUGAGAAGUGGAUCUCGGUUUCCGUGUCUCUGGCUAAUAGGAGGGAUGGCUUCAUUAAACAACAUCAUGUUGGAAGGAACUUAGAGGUUCAAUGGCAAGAACUACAAUACUUGGAAGCAAAGGAUGCUUACUAUAUUCGAGUACCGAUGUAUAGACCAAAUCGUUUAGGGUAAUUCUACUCGUCACAUAGUAGCAGCCAAAGAUCAAGACAAGUUUGAUGAGUGUAACCAUGAAGCAGUUAUGCUGCUCAAGUUAUCAGCCACUGAUGAGAUGCUUUCGAAAGUGUCGUUUGGCAAGAUUACUGCUCAAAUUUGGACUCACGUGAAGGAUUUGCAGGAGACAUUAGAUAAAGGCAGAGAUUUCUUCCUGAAGAGUAUGUCGUUCUUGAUUAUGAUGGACGACAAGAUAUGUUUGCAAGAUCAUCUCAUGAAGAUCAAAGACAUCGGGAUCAACUAGAAGCCAUUGGUUGCAAGAUAGAAGAAGAGGACAUGGUGGUUAUCACUCUUAAAAGCUUACCACGAUCCUAUGAGCACUUCAUCAAAACUCUCAACAUUACAUCCACAAAUGUUGUCUUGAAGUUUGACAAGCUGUGCAAUAAGCUCUUAUAGCAAGCUAGGUGGAAAUAAUAGUUUGGUAACAGUAUUGACAUAGACAUUGUGGAAUAGGUGUUUGCUGCCAAGGACAAAGGCAGAGGCAAGUCCACUCAGCAAAAAGGACAAUGCACACCUGAUGAUUCUCAUGUCAUUAUUAUGGUAAACUUGCUCAUGUACAAAAGAUCUAUAGAAAGCGGUUAGUUGAUCAGAAGUCCAACCAAGGAGGGUCUUAGCAGUUGCUCAUGUCACAAAGCAUUUUGAAGAGGAGUCAGCCUUCUAUGCAUUUGUGGCCAAAUGACUUGCAGAUAAUGUCAAGUCUUCUCUACGGUAGUUAGUAGAAUGACCAUUAAGGGAGGGUAUUAAAAUGAUAUUGUAAUAUUUAGCAUGUAAUGGCAAUCUAAUUAGUUUUAGGAAGUUUCCUUUC